AUGGCUGCAUCAACGGCAUAUACUAUUGAUGAGGAGGGCAGACCCCUCCUUGAGAAGAUACAACAAGCUUUUUUAGAUGGGAAAAUAGAUCUCGGGUAUACUGCGUGGAAAAUAUCAAAUCGUGUAACUAUUAGAAAUGCGACUGGCCCCGAAUACAUUAUUCCGAUUACCGAUAUCUCAAACAACGCACGCCUGUUGCCCGGCCAUAAGCUCCAGAGCGGCCUAUACGUAUACCAUACCGAAGUCGUCGACCUUAUUCCUUCAUUAGUGUGUCUAUUCGUGACAAAGCCUGGCCGUAUUAGCCAGUAA